GCCGCGGCUGAGGAAGUGUCCACACUUGCCGAAGAAACCGAAUCCGCAGAAGGGGAGGUUGCCGCAGAAGGCGAAGAACUCGAAGCAGGACAAAAGGAACCCGCGAGUGCCGAAGUCGAAAGCCAAGCCAGCGCCGAGGUAGCACCCGAAAGUGACGCCGAGGAUGAUGAUGAUGAGGAGGAGGAUGACAUCACCGAUGCUCUCGACCCUGAGGAUGAUGAUGAUGAUGACGAAGAAGAAGAUGAUGACGACGACGAGGAAGAUGACAUAACCGACGCCCUCGGCAGGAACAUCUCAAAGCACUCACGUGCACUGAAAGAGGAACCAGAGAAAAAACCAACUGUACCAGCGGCGUACAUUGUUAAAUACAACAGAUUCGUUGAUAAUAUCCUUGAGAAAAUGAACGACAUCCUCAGACGAUCAUACGACCCAGUUAAUGUUAAACUUCAACCUAUUGAUGCUAAGAAGAAGAAUUCUAAACCAAAGAAGGACAAGACUAAGUCCAAGAAAAAAUCUAGCACCAAGAAGAAGCAAACUAAACGUGCUGGAAACACCGCUGUGACUGAAAAUAAAACAGUUGAAGGUCUUACAAAAACGAAUGAAAUAAACGAUGCACCAUUGAUUGAUUCCAAGAUUGUAGACGUAAAGAAAACCGAAGAACAAACCGAAACAAGAGUUUUGAAAGACAAAUCUGUUACUCCAAAUGGAAAAGCUAAGCCUACUACAACAAGACCUAAGCCUCCUACUAAAGCAACUAAACCGAAGCCAAAGCCUCCUGUAAAAACAACUACAAAGAAACCAGUUAAUAAGAAUAAAACCAAAACGAGUGAGAAAAGCAAGCCAAGAGCUAAGGGUACUUUGUAUGGAUUGUCUUCAUUGAGGAGAAAUGGCGACGUGGCUGUCAACAUUUUAUCAGAUCACACUACUGUAAAGAGUAACUUUGCUGUUGGACCUCUUGUUCUAAGAGUGGAGAAAGAGAUUGGACGUGGAGCUAAGAAAGAAAUCAAAUCAGCAACUGCCACCACAGCGGAAAUGACGGGGAAAAUAACAUUGAGAGUAAACAACCAAGGUGUUGCUACAUUGCAUUCGAUAAAAGUAUUACAGCCUAAACAGGUUCGAGUGGACAGCAACCACGAACGUACCCGAGAACUGGUCUGGCAGCGAAGUGCUCGCAUAGCCCAUGUUGUGUCAGAGAAAUUGAUGUCAGCUUCCAAACCUAUGUUUUACCAUUAAAUGAUCUGUUUUGUUUAUGAAUUUUCAAAGACUAUACGAAGACUGGAAAAUUAUUGAAAAUCUAAAAAUUGUAAACUAGUUCGACAAUAACGUAAAUGUGGUAAUGGUAUUUUGAAAAAUAAUUUUACGUUAUAAUUACAUGGGAAGUUUCGAACUGGUUUACAUUCAAAUUGAUAAUUGAAAAAAGACGUUUCAUUAUACGCUACAAAAUGAUUGUUGUUUGUGGUCGUUUUCAAGUAUUUUAAGGGUUCGCAAUUUUUCGAUACUCAUUAUAAUAUAGUCAACAGAAUGCAUUUAUAAUUAUAAUUUUUGGUGCUAAGAUAAACGUAAGUUAUAUUUUAAUAUUUAAUCUUAUUUAUUCUACAUUUACAAUACGAAUAUAAAUAAAAAAAUACAAUAA